UUGAGAAAAUCUUCAAGUGCGUCGAUUUGAACGCAGAUGCUAUGUAAAGCUUAACUCAAACUCUGAACCGUUAAGUUUAAGGGGAUCGGUAAACAAGUUUGACAUUUCGUUGAGUGCUUAGCAAAAAUACUGUCAUCUGUAGGGAUAUUCUAAGAAUUUCUUCAAAGCAAUAUUUGGUUCCAUGUAGUGAUUAAUACAUGUGUAUCUUAAUAUAUUCUCUCUUUCUCUCUCUCUCUCUCUCUCUCUCUCUCUAUUUAUUUAUUUAUUUAAGUAAAAUACAUAAUGAAUUCACAUGAGUAUCCUAUUAAUAUGUUAUUUUAAUUCCAGACCAGAGGGAUAUUCAGGCGGUUGAAGAGUGUGGUGGAAACUCCCAGAUGUUUCCCAGAUGUUUAGUCCCAGAUGACCUAUAUUACAGCUAUGAGGAGCUGUGCUCCAGACCCUUUAUCACUGCAGACUCCAACAUACCCCAAAACCUGCUGCAUCUCUCACAUUCGUUUGGCUAUGACUGUGGACGAAGGGGGAAUCUGCAGUUGUUGGAUGAGCACACACUGGCCUUCGUAGCCGGAAAUCAGCUCAUUUUGUUAGAUGUGCACACCAAAGAGCAGCGAUACAUCCGCUCCAGCAGUGGAGGAGGCAUUGGUGCCAUCAUGACUCACCCAAGUAAGCAGUAUUUUGCAGUGGCAGAGAAAGGCCAUCAACCUAACAUCAUUAUAUAUGAGUGCCCUUCCCUGCGGCCUUACAGGAUCCUAAGAGGUACAACAUCACUGCAAUGACGCUCUUACAGCUUUAUGGGUUUUAAUCGUGAUGGCACUUUACUGGCGAGUGUGGGCGGAGCACCAGAUUAUAUGCUUACAUUGUGGGACUGGAUGCAGGAACAGGUGACAUUGUGCAAUAAAGCAUUUUCUCAGGAUGUCUACAGGGUCUCCUUUUCUCCCGACUGCGCUGGACAGCUCACAACAUCAGGCUCUGGACACAUCAGAUUCUGGAAAAUGGCCAGUACCUUCACAGGUUUAAAGUUGCAAGGGUACCUGGGAAGAUUCGGUAAAACAACGGUAACAGAUAUAGAGGGAUAUGUGGAGCUUCCCGAUGGCAAGGUAGUGUCAGGAUCAGAGUGGGGGAACAUGCUCCUCUGGGAGGGGGGUCUGAUAAAGGUUGAAAUAUGUCGUAAAGGAGGACGCACCUGUCAUACUGGAACCAUUCACCAGUUUAACCUGGACGAAGGAGAACUAAUGACUAUAGGAUCUGAUGGAGCUGUCAGAGGCUGGAACUUGGAGACCAUAGAUGCUGCAGAUUCAGUGGAUGACAGUGGCCUGUUUGAGAUUGAACCUAUGAAUGAGUUAAUCAUAGGAUGUAAUGUCAGCUUAUACUCUAUGGUCAAGAGCUCCAUCCCAGACACCUCCAUCUGGUUUGCUCAGGACUCUAAUGGUGGUAUUUGGAGACUGGAUCUUUCAUUCUCUAACAUUACUCAAGAUCCAGAGUGUCUCUUUUCAUUCCAUGCUGGUGCCAUUCAGGGCAUGGAUGUUUCUGGAAGUAGCCACCUCAUGGCCACCACAGCCCUCGACUCCUCAGUCAGGGUAUUUGACUUUCUUUCAAAGAAAGAGCUUACGAUAAGCCGCUUUAAACAAGGAGGAACAACGCUGACCUGGGCCUCAGACACGGUGAACAGUGCUGGGGCUCUGCUGGUGGUAGGUUUUGAUGAUGGUGUGGUGCGUCUUUUGGAGCUGUAUAACCCUCAGAGUCUGAACACGGUUGCAGGGCGCAGUCAACUUGGAGAUGCCGAGCUCCGCCUCAGACAAGCUCUCAAACCCCAUAAUGCACCCGUGACCGCCAUUGCUUAUGAGAGAAUGGGAAAGAUCAUGGCUACUGGGAGUACAGACUGCACUGUGUUCUUCUUUACGGUGGGCGACAGGUACGAGCCCAUCGGGUUUGUGACCGUCCCAGGACCUGUGCAAUGUCUGGAGUGGUCACCUCAGUCACAUGAGAAAAACACUCUGUUGAUCUUCUGUCGGAAUGGUCACGUGAUGGAAGUCCAGUGUCCUGAUCUUAAUGCUCAGACUGGAGGAAACACAUACCAACUCUCAGACCUUCACAUAAUGCAUUUCUGCUUCAGCAGCAUCAAGUCUCGCAUUAAGAGAGAUGCAGAGGUCGCACUCAGGCAGGCCAGAAAGGAGCAGAAGAAGAAAGAGAGGGAAGAGCGUUUGAAGAAGUUGAGAGAGCAAAAGCCAGAUUCCAUAGAGGAGAAACUAAAGGAGGAAGAGACAGAAGAGGAUGAGGAGGAAGAGGAACUGCCUCCUCUUUACAUUCCAUCUCCACCCAGUCCUUUGCAAUGCGGCUUUUCCUCAACACCAGGGGCAUUCUGGCUGUCUAUGGGUGGCUAUGACUCGGGGUAUCUUUACCACUGUAAAUUCUCUGAACUACAGAGCAAAAAUCCUUUAGAGGGGAGAGAUGAGCCAUUCUCCUUCAUACCUGUGCACGACACAGACCAUAACCCCAUUCUCACCAUCAACUUCAAUUCCAGCAGGCAGUUGAUGUUAUGUGGGAUGGAGGACGGCAGUAUAAGGGCGUACCCCAUUCAGGCCUCCGACCAUCAGCUCAGCUCCAUGCAGGCGUACUGGGCCCUCAGCGUCCAUGACAACCAGUACGGUCACAUACGCCACAUUCGCUGUAGCUACGAUGACAUGUUUGUCCUGACCGCUGGAGAGGAUGGCAACAUCUUCUCCUUCAGCUGUCUGCCUGAGGAGGAGCUCCAGAGGGCAAUGCAACUGAAACAUGCCAAAGUGCCCUCCCCACGGGUUGGACUGGAGAUGGAGAAAGCAGCCCAGGAUAUAGAGGAUCCAUCUGCUUACAGCAUAGAAACAGCUAAACAGAAGCUGGAGCUGGACCGCAUGCAUAAGGAAGCAGAACAGAGGAAACAGGAGAGGCGGAAGAAGCUGAUGGGACUGCAGAGUCGCUUUCAAGCUUUACUGGAACAGAACCAGAGCCUACCUGAAUACAUCCGCCUCCAUCGCUCGGAGUUUGAGCUGGACCCACGCUUCCAUGAGGAGAUCGAAAGACAGAUAGAAGAGAGAGUGAUGGAGGUCAGGAAAGAACUGGCCUGGGAGGAGGAGAGACACCGAAUAGGCCUCAACAAACUACAGGCCAUGUUCUGGGAGUCAGUGGCGCAAGACACGGUCACUCUGCAUGCCUUUGAGAGUGGACAUAAGAUUUCCACGUAUAGGCUGCUGGCUCUGCCGGUCAUACAAAAGCAUCUGCAGCUGCACCAGCACAGCAGAGCAGCCUCUCAGAGUGGACAUGUGGAACAAGAGCGCUGGCAGAACAAAGCACAGCUCGGCAAAGAAUCCAGCAGCAUUUCAUUGCAGGAUGAGCUGGUUACAGAUCAAAUGAUUCAGUCGAGCGUCAUGCAGUCUGGAUCUCGUAAACUAGCUAGCAGAGAGGCAGAGAAACUACGCAAAGCUGCAGAGAAGGCAGAGAAAGCCAGAGCCAGGAUUGACAAGAGAAAAAAAGAGUGGGCAGAAUUCUAUGCCUCUAAGCCCAGUGAGGACUAUGAGGACCCUAAGGAUGUGGAAGCAAUCAGACUGGCUAAGGAGAAAAUUGGUGACUUCAAACUGAAGUCGGCGAAAGACUUCAAUGUUCCUGAACACCUAAGGAUGAAUGUAGAGAAGAAGAGACUGCAGUUAGUGGAACUGGAGAAGAAGAUCUACGAGAAGAAGUCUGAAAUGAAUGCUCGUGUGAUGGCUUUAAGGGACAGUAAGGUGGAGAUCAUCUCUCAGCUCCAUUCCAAGGUCGAGCAGCUCCAGUUAGUCCAGCAGCUGUUGCCACCCGAGAAACGUUGCCCAUUGCCAGCUGUGCCCAUCAUAAUGCCAGAAGAAAUGCCCGAGAGGAAACACAGAUACACCCGUGCGACCUUGGAGCGUUUUGCCACACUUAGGGCCAAGAUGGUUUCCACUGGCCUGGAUGAAAAGCAGGAGGGCAGGCGGGACAUCCUGGAGCUGCUGGAGCAGGAGACACAAGUCACACACACUGAGGUUCAGAUCACACACUUGGAGAAUGGAGGUGUAGAGACACAAUAUCAUAAGCAGGAGGAGGAGCUCACAGAGCUAGAGAAGGAGAUGAGAGAAGUUGAGGAGAUCCGAAAUCUGUACAAGCAGGACAAACUUCUUAAACAGAUGGAGGAGGCAGUGUGGCGUUUUGAUGCAGAGUUGCGUGUAUUGCGUCAUGAGAAACAAGAGUUAGAUGUUCAAAUGAAACUGGCUGAUCUGAGACAUGUGACCCUGUUUGAAGAGCUUCUGCUUAUGAAGGAGUUUGAGAAGAGAGAGAAUAUUCUACAGGAAAGACUGACUACCUAUAUACUGGAGGAGGAAGAGAUCAGGGCCAAGAUACAUGAGUGUAAACAGCAGAUGGAAGUGAAGAAGAGAGAUAUCCUGAGACUCCAGGGGAAGGACAAAGCUCUCACCGCCACCUUUCAGGCCUCAUUGGGGGAGAACAAGUUUGAGGAAUUCCUCACCAGAGUGUUCAAGAAAAAGAUUAAGCGUGUGAAGAAGAAAGAACCAACUGGAAGUGAUGUGGGCGAUGUAGGAGAGGAAGAAGAAGACAGCGAUGAAGAUUCUGAUGAAGAAUCAUACAGGGAUAAUGAUGAAGAUUAUGAUGGCUCUGAGAUUGGAGCUCCACUGGACGAUAGUGUGUGCCCACCAAACUGUGAUCCCGAGCUCUUUGAGAACACACUGAAAUUGCGAGAAAAUCGUCUGGACGUGGAGGAGCAGCUGCAGGAGGAGAUGAAAAUCAUUGACAGUUUAAAGAAGGACUGUGAUGCAUUGGCCAAGAAAGAGAAGAUUGUGCAGAACAACCGUAAAGCAGCAGAGGGCGAUCUGGAGCUUAUUAACCGAGAAAAGCAGCAGAGGCUGAAUGAGGUGGAUGUGGUGGUGCCACUCAGACUGCACCAGAUAGAGUAUUUGAAUAAUGGUCUGUUGCUUGGUAAGCUGAACUCAGCAUUGGUCCUGAGCACACAUGAUCUAGAGCGACUGCAGAAACGCAUUAAAGAGCUGCAGCAGGAGAAGAAUGAACAGCGAGAGCUGUAUAAACAUGCCAGAAAACAACAUGUGCAACUCAGACAUGACCUUAAAGACAUGGAGGCCAGAAUAAAAGAGUUGGAAGUACGUUGCGAGCAGCUGAUGAUGAUGAAGUUUGGAAAGCUGGUUGAACUUGAAGUUCUGCAGACUCUGUCUGGAAACAGGAAGCUUGAGGAGAUGAGACAAGAGAUCAAAGAACAAGAGGCCAAAAACACACAAGAGCUCAAACACUGGGAGGCCAAAAUUACAGAAGCAAGAGAGGCUCUGACGGAGGUCACAAGGCAGAACACAGAGAGACUGCGUAAAAUGAACAGUCUUCUCAGCCAAAAAAAAACACUGGAGGACCAACUGAACUCCAGACAAAGGAAAACGGUGACUCAGUUCCAUGGGCAUCAGCUGGCUGAGAAACAGGAACUGCAGAGGUUGCAGCAGCUGAUUGAAGCACAAGCUCAGGACAUUGAGGCUCUAAACCAUGAGAUCCAUGCUCUCUCACGCAAAGAUGGCCACAUUGUCCCCCCGCUUGAACCUGUCCUGCCUCCUCUUCCCACUCUGCCCCACAGACUCACAGCCAGCACACACACCCAAUCUGGUGUGCACAGGAAACAUAACCUCAGCAGUAAAGCUGUGAAAUAAAUCCCAACUCACCACACACACACUUUCUCUCUAUAUACAAACCUAGAUACAACAUGAGCGUGUUCAUACAUCAGCACAAUCUGUUCCUACAGACAUAUAUGACUCUACUUGAGGCUCAAUAUAAAGUUUCUAUUUGCAAUGAAUGAAUUUUAAUUUUCAAUAAAUAUGAAUUCAUGUAGCACCUUCCCAUGAGAGUUGUACCUUUACCUUCUCAGAAAUGGCCAACCAUUAAAGGAACUGUUUACCCAAAAAUUAAAAUUCUCCCAUCAUUUACUCAGCCUCAUGCCAUCCCAGAUGUGUAUGACUUUCUUUUUUCUGCAGAACACAAAUGAAUAUUUUUAGAACAAUAUUUCAGCACUGUAGAUCCAUACAAUGCAAGUCAACAAUUAUAAUUUUUUUGGAUCAUAUUCACAAAUGCCCAUUAUAGAGGUGUGUUUAUUAUGAGACGGAUAAAAACACAGGCUAAAAGUAACAAAACAGAAGAUAAGCAAACAUGUUUGGAGUAAAGGGGCAGCAUUUGGUAAACAAAUUUCUAGUAUCCAGGAUGAUGGAUGUCAGCAUAGAGUCCAAAACCACAAGUUCUACUGGGUCUAACUGUGUGAGUAAGUAACCUUUAAGUCCUUUUCUACUAUAAAUUCUCCUCCUUUCCCAGUAGGUAGCAAUAUGUUCAAAGAAUGCGAAUCACCAAAAAGAAAAAGAACAUUAAAGUGGAGAUUUAGAGUAAAAAAGGAUUUAAAUAUUGAUCUGUUUCUCACCCACACCUGUCAUAUCGCUUUUGAAGAAAUACAUUUAACCACUGGAAUCGUAUGGAUUACUUUUAUGCUGCCUUUAUGUGCUGUUUGGAGCUACAAAGUUCUGGUCACCAUUCACUUACAUUGUAUGGACCAUCAGAGCCAAGAUAUUUUUCUAAAAAUGU